GGCAGCAUUCGGCGGCGAGACUCCACCAUGCUGCCCUGGCGCCGGAACAAGGUGGUGCUGGCGGACGAGGCAGCGGAGCGGCGGCGCAAAGCGAAGAAGGGCUGGCUGCCUUACCGCUCGCUGCUCUCCUCCAUAGCCCGGGUUUGGCCCGGCUUCUGGCCCGAGUGGCGGCUGCCCGGUGCCUUCAGGAGCCGCCGGCGGAAGGUGCAGCUGAGCCGGGACAACCCGAGCCACAGCGUGCGCUACCUGGGCAAUGCUGUCACCCUCCGGGCCAAGGGCGAGGGGUGCACCGACCAGGUGGUCACCAAGAUCUGGGCCCGGAGCGAGCAAGGGACGUCCGGGGCGAGGAUGCAACUGACCAUCAGCCCGUAUGGGAUCCGCCUGUGCCCUGCCGGGACUGACAGCAGCGACCAUUCGGGCCAUCUCUACCUGCUGCGGAGGAUCACCCACUGUGGGGCGGACGGGCAGCGCCCCAAGGUGUUCGCUUGGGUCUACAGACACCAGGUGAAGAAUAAGGCGGAGUUGCUCCGUUGCCACGCCGUGCGCCUCAGCAAAGCGGACAAAGCCCGGGACCUGGCUCGCCUGCUGCUCCGGACCUCCAGCUCGGCCUUCAGUGACUUCAAGCGGCUCAAGAGGCUGGACGAUGCCCGGCGCCGGCAGCGGGAGCGGCUGGGGGAGUCGGCGCUGCCCGUCGCCCCGCUCCGCCGGCUCCUCAACGCUCAGUGUCCCUACAGAGCGGCGGGCGAGGGCGGCCGGGCGCCGGCCAGGCUCGGGGUGAUCGCCGAGGACGUGGCGGGCGAGCGGGAGGACGGGGAGCCCGACGUCGGGGGCAUCUCCCGCGGGAUCAGUAGCUGCACCAUCGCCGAGAGAGUCGCGGCACUGGGGGGCCCCGCGGGGGCUCGGCGGGGCUCCGACUGACGGCGGUCCUGAGGACAACAGGGGCCGCCUGCCCUCCAACCCCUUCACACUCUCCCUGUCCAUGGCCUCUCCCCCUCAACGACCUCUCCCCCUCCCUACCCCAUCCUACCCCAUCUCCCCAUCAUUUCCACACCAAACCCCCAUCCCCUCCCCUCUCUUUCCACCCCAACUCCUUCCCCCUUCCACUCCCCCUCUUCCGCUCCCACUAUCUAUCCAUUCGCCAACCAUUCCAACUCCCAUUGCACUUUCCUCUUCUCCCAUCCCUCUUCGCCACUUCCCCUCUCUCCCCUCCGUCACGUUGACCCACCUUCUCUGCACCCCCCUCUACACCCUCCACUCCUCUCUCUCUCCCCUCUAUCCCAUUUGCCCCGCCUCUCUCCACUCCUCUCUCUCUCUCCCCACCCUUUCUCCGGCCCCCUCACCCUCCUCCACUCCACUCCUGCCCAAAUUCCUUGCCUACCACCCAUCUCCCUCGUAUUCACACCCCCACCCUCUCUCUCAAUUCCCUCUCUCCCCAUUAACCCCCCUCUCUCUCUCUCCACCCUUUCCCCAUCAUCUCCCCCUCCCCUCUGUACUCUCCAUCCAUUCCUCCCCUCUCCACUACCCCAUCUCUCCACUCCUACCCAAAUUCCCUGAUCACCACCCC